UGCCAUGCGCUCAACCCAGCCAAUAAAACUUGGGGAUCUGUGUUUCAGUCAUUGGUGACAAGCACUAACAUACAGGAUCAAAUCACAUUCAAGCAGUCACCAUUCAAAACUUCAUGCUUUGCAGUGGAAUUUGGAAUAAAACGGGAAGUGUCAAUAAAAGCUGAGUUUCAAGGUGACUCUACAAAUUUAAUUUUAUGGUCAUGACAAAUAUCCAUGAUAAUACCAUUUCAAACUUAACAAUGGCCAAAGAGCAAAUUCAAAAGAAAAUUCAAAUUUCUUUUUGUAAAAUCCUAAAAAAUAAAUGGUAGUUAACCUGUAUUUUAAAGUUUUUACCAAAAGUUGUUUCAUUUGAAUGUCCAUAGCAUUGAAAGUUAGUGACAUACUGUAUUUGAUUAAUUAAAUACUGCCACUAAUUAAUACCCGUGAACAACACCUUCAAAUAAACGCUCACCCAAUCAGAAGAAUGUGGAGUUUAUGUGAGGAUAAUAAAAAAAUAAACUUGCUUUAACCCAAUAGUCUACACCAUGCAGACAAUAAUGAUAUGAUUCUAUUUCAGCAAAAAAGCACCUUACGUUUGUGCAUGUAGAGGGUAAAUAAUAAUGUUGUUAAUCUCUUUCCAUUUUAGUCAUUGACUGGAAAUUUCCAGCAGCAUUUCUAGCAGGCCUUGUCAUCUUUUACAAUGCAGAAAGACUUAGUAGGUAUACUAUCUAAACAUCCCCUUCCACACUGUAAAUUUUAACAAGAACUUGAUUUGUUAAAGUGAUGAUGAUGAUAUUCGAGGAUGAUGAUGAUGAUGAUGAUGAUGAUGAUGAUGAUGAUGAUGAUGGUGACAGUAAUGACAGUUGAUCCAUUGAGUCUAUUUAGAUGCCAUACCAACUUUCAAUUGCUGCCAAUAGACCUUUGUCAUGGGGUGGCCAUUUUGUCUUAGGAGAUCUAAAAAGCUCUGUUUAUGCAUGGAUAGCCUCUUAGAGAGAACGAGGCUAGCUGUUCAUAAACAAAGCUUUUUAAGUCUACUGAGACAAAAUGGUCGCUGCGUGAGGGAGGUCUAUUGUAUGCUUACAACUACACUGUAGCAUUGCGCCUCAAUAGUAGCUCUAGUUGUUUUCCACACCAUAAUUAUUCCUUUGAUCUUGUUAUUGCCCAUGGUGCACUAAAGUAAACUGAUCAAAAGCAGAUUCAAUGGAAAGUCACACUUUUGUUCUUUGUUGUUGUUCUUGCAAGCUUUGUGUGCACACAAGAUAGCAGAGCUGUGAAUCUGUUGUCAAUGUUUCUUCUAUUAUUAAUUAAUGAGCUGUUUUUUGCUUCCAGGAACAGUUUGUUCUUUUAUUCAUCUGGUGUAUCACUUGGUCUUAUCAUGUCACUUCUUCUGCUUGUCUACAUACUGCACAGACUAAUCCCAGGGGUAAGAAAAAACGGUGUGGGGUCAAUGCUAAGACUUAUCCCUCGGGUAUUUUCUUUCCAGGAACAGCUUGUUCUUUUAUUCAUCUGGCCCUGGUUGUUCAAGCCUUGGAUAGCGCUAUCCACCGGAUAA